AUGAGCGAACUACCACGAUCUAGAAUCCACAUAUUAUUGAGAUCUACUGAGCCAAAUCUCCAUAAUGAAAGAUCGCUAUUUGAAAUUCACUCAAAUACUACGGUGAAGCAGUUGAAGCAGUCAAUAAUUCAGAGAUUGGACGAUCGGCAAGUAACAAGGACGUUUUACGAGCAAGUCGUUUUGUCAUUUCAAGAAAGGGUUCUUCCAAAUGACCAUGAGACUGACGAGUCUGCGCUUCCGGUGGCUCUCCAACUUACAAAUGAAAGUAUUCGAGAGAUGAACAAUGUGAUUCCAAUGGAUCUCGAAAUCAAAAGUGCAGUAAAUGGACUUCUAAGUCGUGAGUUUUGGCUGGAUUUAACAGCCGAAGAUAGAUUCGAUUUUUUACCGAUAAUUAACCAAGAAGCUGAAAGUGCCCCAUCUGAGACUAUUGUGCCAAACAUGGCAGUGGUGGAGCCGAUGAAAAUAGUUGCUGGUGACGACCAAGUAUGGCAAUUAACAGGUGAUUCAUAUGAGUCAAUUAGUAAUGGCCAAGGAAUAACUAAGCUUGUAAACCAGUAUGACAUUUCGCAAAAGAGUUAUGAAAUAUUGUUGAAUGACAACGAAAAAGUUGCACUUAAUACCUCGCAGUGUAUCAUAGUCGACAACGAAGGACAUCAACCUUAUAUGCUAUUAAGUCCUGCCGGUAUUGCCAAGGUUGACUCCGUGUUCAAACUGCAGAAAGUGAAAGUGAUCUUGGACAAUCUGACGAAUCUUGAAGAUGCCGCGGAGCAAGUCGAGAGACCUAAUGACGACAUUUUAGAGCGGGUAGUAGCCACAGGAAAACGUGUGCUAGUAUUUGCAAUCAAUAUUGUAUUUGUUUUAUUAAUCCUACGCUUAAAGCCCAAUAAGCACAUCCAAGAGAAUUGGAUCAAGUACGUGGUCUUGUCUCUUGUGUUGUUCAACAUCUAUGUGUUAUUUUUCACUGGGGAAAACCGAAUCCAGAGACUAGCGGAGCCUGAUGUCGAAUUAGUUAACCAACCCCCUGCAACACAGAAUUUCAUUCGCGGAAUCCGUCGAUUGGCAAUAACUAGAGAGCAAAUUGUUAACUUGUGUGCUGGAGUGCAAGAUGAACUCGUUGCAAUUGUUGUGUCUCGUACAUGGGACUUUGAUUAUAUAAUGAGUAAUCAACCUAAUUGGUAUCUUGUAAUUUCAUCAAACUUUGAACACUUGUGGAAGGAUGCUUUGAUAUAUUUGCUAUCAGUACUGCCUACAUUUCAAAUGAAGCUUGAUGAUGAAUUGCAGAAGCGGAAACGCCUGGAGUUGGAAUUGUUUCAGGACAAGAUUCGCCUGUUCUAUGACCUAGUGUUGCUGCUUAUUCAGGAUUAUAAUAAGAAAUAUACACCAAAUUUCAAUCUACCUGAUGAGAUUGAGCUCGAUCCAGUACUUGAAAAACUAGAAAAUGAGAGAGAAGGGGCACAGUUUGAGUUUUUGGUCAGAUACUACAAGUGCUUGAAAUCGGCGUAUGAUGUAUUCAACGGAGCCUAUGUGAAACACAAGUCAUUAUCUAACGAACAAGUUGAGUUAUUGAACAACGAAUUUAAUAGUUUUAUAGGCUCUCGUAACUAA